AUAUCAGCAAGACACGCAAACAAGCUAAUUGAGCCAUACAUACAGAUAGUCAGAUACAAACCAAUUGCAGUAGUAUAUUCAUCAAUUCAAUGGCUGAAGUUUAUAACAACUUAAAGCUGGCUGCAUCUUGCACUAUCAUUUUGGCAUUUGUGUUUUCCUUUGGUUUCCAAACAGCAGUGGGAAGUAGAGCUUUAACCUACGCCCCCAAUGAAAAGGGGUCUGCAGCAUCACCGGCUGUGCCGCUUGGAGAUGAUUCCACAUGGACUACCCUCGGCCAUAGUCCGGGCAUAGGGCACAAUACCCCACCCCGGGCUUCGCGCGCUUUUGACACAUUUUCACACGUGGAUGAUUUCAGACCGACUGACCCCGGUCACAGUCCCGGCAUCGGUCACUCAACCCCACCCCCUGCUUCGCUCGAUCUUGCCACGUUUUCACAUGUGGAUGAUUUCAGACCGACUGACCCCGGUCACAGUCCUGGCGCCGGUCACUCAACCCCACCCCGUGCUUCGCGCGCUUUUGCCACAUUUUCACAUGUGGAUGAUUUCCGACCAACUGACCCCGGUCACAGUCCCGGGGCCGGUCACACAAUCCCACCUCAGUCCCAGCAUCAUGGUUCGCGUCCGACUAGGCCGGGCCGGUCACAGUCACCGCGGUGGUCAAUGAAGACCGCUGCUGCCCCAGGUCAAAGUCCCGACGUUGCUCACUGAUCGAAAAUUUUCUCUAGCAUAUCUAUCAUGCGCGCUCCUUAUCGAAAAUGAUGCAGAUUAUCAUUAAUAGCCGUUCGUCAACCAAUACGUACCCCAUAUACACAUCGAUAUACAGUCUAGCAUAUUUAUUAAAUACUCCAUAAAUAAACUAUUAUGAAGUCGGAUUGGUUGAAUUAAAUACGUACGUAGUACUCCACAUAUAAUAAUGAUAAUAUAAUAGUAUAUGAAGUCCCAACUCUCAUCCCCGGUUAGGUUUCAAUUGAUUUGUCUUGACGCAAGCUAUGUCUUGCGCAUGUAACAUUCAUCUUGCGAUCUCACUUUAUUUAAGCUUCAAUUAAUGAUAUGUCAUGUU